GUCUCUUGUCCCGCUGCUACCCUUGCCACCACUGAGCUUCAUGGCUGACGCUUAUCAACCCCUUCUAGAAAGCAUGCCCUAGUCAUUUAAGGCCAACCUCAACAAGAUAACGUCCUCAUAAUAUACUGGUAACGAGAGGAGCAGAUAUGAAGAUUCCGGAUCAUGAAAAAACUGGUCAGUGGACCAAUGUGUGGACGCAGGACAGCGUGUUUGCACAUGUGGAAAAGGAACUGAGGGAGAUGGAAGACAGACUGGGUCCCGUAAGGAAAACACUUACACUUUCCGGGGAAUUGUUUAAUUUCAUCGAGAUGGAACUAAAGAAAUUAAAUUCUACUGUGAUACUAGAAAGUUCUCCUCGAUUGUUUCCUGUAGGUGAGCGUUUCUCAGAAACAUCUCGAUCACUGCCGAAUGCUGUGCCGUCUCAUGGAAGGAAAGAAGCCAGGCGAAGAACAGUGUCAGCAGGAGCCCUGGACAACACACGCGGGAAGUCUAACACAAGACGCCAUGUUAGUGUUCGCAGCGAGAGCACCGCGACAGGAACCUUCCUCUUAGGCUCAGCACAGUCCUCUGCGCAAAGUGGAGGGUGUUAUCAGAAUAGCAAUAAGGAAAAAAAUAAGAAAUUGAUUUACAGCAAUGUCUUGAGCUUGAAAGAUCUCGAUCAGUCUCUACCACCUCAUUCUAUGAACUUCCGCUCCACAUAUCCUGCGGAACAAAAGGUUCCUGGAGAAGCUGCCCAGGACUGGGUGACGCGUGACCAAGUGUCGGGUGCACAGCGAAGCUGUAAGAGUUCCUUGGCACUAAAGAGGUGUGCAGAAGAUAAUGCAGGUAGAAAUUUGUUUAAGAAAAGUAAAGUUGAUACGAAAACAAAAAUAGGAAAAGCCAAGAAAAAGGAAGAACCUAAUGUUAUUAGUCAGUGCAAAGGGAAAAACAUAAAUAUAAAUUUUCUUUCUGCAAACAUACUAAAUGGUGAUAAUUCUGUGUCCUGUGUGGGUGCCGGCGACACCCGACACUCUCAGCCAUACACUUGGUCAGGCGACGGCCCCGCUCACACCAAGGCCUACCUCACGCAGCGCUGCAUCCUUUCCACAGGUACUUGCCAAGGCAUUCCACAAGUGCGCUCCAAUACAAGGCAGAAUCGCGUUGCUCUGGUGAACCAAGAACUCCAGCUUCAGGUUGACAGUGGAGCAGCACGAGUCACCAGUGUCCCAGGCAAUGUAGCACCGCCUCUACAAGACAUUGCUCUGCAGCCCCUGCUAGAAGUGCCUGUCUCUGAAGUAUCAAGACCUCUGAAACUUGUGACCAUCAGUCGUUCGGAAGAAAUUUCAAGUUUGCCCAAAGAACAGUGCGCCUCGAAAGGAAAUGGACAACUCAGUGAGGAAGCGCCGCAGUAUUAUUACUGCAACUCUUCCGUUGGUAGAACCACUACAUUUUUUCCUCUGUUCUCCCCAGCAGUCCUGUGCAUUUGUUCUACUCCUCGGGUGUGUGUGUUGUCACCCUCCACAGAAGCAGCGGGCCAGCACCAAGCUGUGUGUGGAAAUUUGCCUCUUAAGGACAGUAAACGUAAUCCACUGGAAUCAAAUGAAGCAAACAAACAUGAAUCACUCUGUGUUAGAUUGGCAAAUAGUUCUAAGCAUGGAGAAGAUUUACUGGAAAGUGAAAAGAAUGAAAGCGGCAAAUAUUGCAUGCUUUCACCAAAGUGCACCUCAACUUUGUGCAAUGGUCAGGAAAACAAGGACACUUCUAAAACAGAAUUUUCUUUUCCGCCUGCUAAGCCUUGUAGUGUGAUCAUCGAAGUGCCUCAGAAGAGCCUCGAAAAAGAUAUGAAUGCUGGUGGGACUCCUGCACCCACCUCGCAACAUGAGCCACCACAGAAACAAAUACUAAAUGUGGGAACAAAAACUCCCAGUCAUCGCCGUGGCCUUAAAGCUAAGUGCGUCACCGAUGCCUAUGGAUGCGGAGAAUUUAAAUGUGAAAUAGCUGACGAACUCCUCAAUAGAGACGAGAAAUGUCUGUCAACCAUGAAUUCGUUGAACGUUGUGAACAAAACGGUCACCUGUACCGAUCAAAAUCCGUGCUUUAUCCAGAGAAAGACUGACUUUAACGCCAAUGGGGAAGAGUCAAGUUCGGUUAAGACGAGUUCCACGAGUGUUCUGGAAUUCGUCCUCCCUGCAGCAGGUGUCGCAGGUGACAGCAGGGAAGACCAGACAGACAGAGAGACUCUUUCUGGCACGUCAACCCUUGAUGUGGAGCCUGUAAGCAGGUUCUUGGGGAAUGACGUAUGUAGUGUUCAAAUUCAACCCAGGAAGGCGCCUAACAUAGUGAAUGAUUAUGUGACUACCAAUAACCAGACGAUGCAGAACAGUAGGAUUAAUUCUGAGGAGAAGAUAUAUAAGAUUCUUUAUGAAGAAUCUUGUCAAAAAAGUCUAAGUACGAAUACGCGUGACAUCCGUUCAGAUGAGAUGAAGCAGCAUGACCACCAGCACACACAACGCUCAGAUCACAGAAAGGGUAACAUGGAAAGCAGUGAAUACCCAGCAUUUGAGCGUCACGCUGAAGAAGUUAACCCGCCCGUCAACAGUGCCUUGUCUGGUGAGAGAUUUAGUGCCAUCCAAAAUGAAUCCACUAUUACAAGCAGCCUCCAUCAAACUUCAUUGAACCUAGACUCCAGUGAAAGCAAGAAAACUUUGAAACGAAAUUUUCAAAAGCUACAGCCAUCGGAAAUGGGUCCAAGUAUUCAAGAGGUGUACAGAGCAGAUGUGUUGUUGCAAGAAAAUAAAGAUGAAGGCUUGUCAAUGUACACCAUAAACUAUCAGCUUUUGCCAUCUUUCAAGGCAACCUGGGCUGCAGACAGUGCCAUACUACUGAGACGCAACUCGCAAAGCACCUCCUCCGGCGUCCAUAGCAACGUCACCAGUCUCAAGGGGCCGCUUCAGUGCCGCCUCUGCAAAAAAUCGUGUACAUGUUUGCGAAUGACGCCACUUGCCAAGGAGUCGAAAAGUAGUUUUAAGACUAGAAAAUUCAAAACUUUAUCUCCAGUCAAAAUGCAAGUGACAAACGUUGCUGGUUCAGCCUCCAUCAUCUACACGCUGGUGGACGUGGCGUCUCAGAUUGCUGCGAACUCAAAGACUCAAGGAAGACAUUCAGUAGGAAGAGACUCGGGACUUGCAUCAUGCGGGAAAGGCCAAAAUGGACGACUAAAUAUAUCGAGCAAUGAUCCACAAGUGCCUUGCCACGUCGAUCAGAUGUGUUCUGGUGUGGAUACUCCAGCAGAUGCGAAUGAGACUCGUGCUCGGAAACAAGCUACUCGGGCAGAUAGCAAACCAUCUUAUCCUGCAACCAACGAAUCCUGUGACACUCCUUACUUCCGGGGCGGCACACCAGGGCACCUUCGCACGAUGCAGUGGCAGAAUGGAAUCAACAGAAUAGAUAACCCAGAAACAUCCGUCUCUCAAAAUGGAGACUCUUGCCAUCCAUCAGUAAGUCUUGCUCAAGACCAUUUGCAGCCUCUACAGAGAACUAAAAAGAGAAAAUCGAUAGAUGAAUCCUAUGCCACGAGUUCACAAAGCAAAGAUUUAGUCAAGUGGGAAAAGUGGAGUCCAGCAUUGUGUAGUACUAACUCUCAUAAUUUGUAUUCCACUCGUAAAGAAGAGAUUUCAUCGCACGAUUCUGAGGGCUCGACUCAAACAUGUUUCAAAAGACAAGGAGUUGAAGAUGGAAGAGGAGGAGGCAGAGGAGAGGAUAUAUUACGCCAGGCGAUCGAGGCGGAUUUGUUUGAUGUCUUAGUGACAGAUGACAACUCCGUGAGUGUGUGGCCCAUGAGCGAGGAAGCAACAACACAAGAGCAAGGCUUCUCUAGCGGGCAGCGGGAGGGGAAGCUGACAGAACUGGAACCUGGGAGCACACCUGCACAUAUGACCGGAGAUGAAUCUGAUUGCCAGGCACUUUUUCGAGGUGAAGCAUCAAGCGAAUCUGUCACCCAGGUAGACUACAGUAUCUCAACAACGCCUUUGAUCAGUGACGGUGGGGGUGCUGUCGACGGGAACACCACUCGGAAGGAAGACAAGGAGUCGCAUCGUGAUGUGUGCGGAGAUCUUACGAAUAUUGAUGAUGCAAGGACGGAAACUACUGAAUCUGGUGAUGACCUGGAUGACGGGGACGAUCUUAACGGCUGGACUCAUGCUGAUCAGCUGCCUUUCCGUUGUGAAUUCUGUGGUCGUCUGUUCAAGCACAAGCGUUCCCGGGAUCGCCAUGUCAAGCUGCACACUGGAGACAAGAAGUACAAGUGCUGCCACUGCGAGGCUGCCUUCUCCCGCAGCGAUCACCUCAAGAUUCACAAGAAGACCCACGACACGCAAAAGCCGUACCAAUGCUCCGUCUGCAACCGAGGCUACAACACUGCGGCCGCACUGACGGCACACAUGCAGAACCAUAAAGCUAAGCUGACCGCGCACGCCCUCAACCAGCUGCUGAAGGAUGCCCAGGCGCCUGUAGAAACCCACGCUCUGACGCAGCUCCUGCGGGAUUCAGCGGCAGCGGAGAGUCAUGCCCAGUCCCUCAACCACUUCUUGAAGGACAGCCAGAAGGAACAUUUGCUGAGCCCUAAAGGUAUUGAAAUUGGAGCAGGAUCUUCCCCGGGAGACCUGACAUCCUCGCCGGCAGGAGAGCCAUCACCUUCACUGUCCCCGGUAGCCGCAGUCCGCUGUCCCGUGUGUCACACGCACUGCAAGAGCCAAGCUCAUCUACAGCGGCACGUGUCACGUUACCAUGGUGAAGAGCAACACGGAGUGCCACUAGAGCGUCCCGCCUCGCGUGGCGGGGGAUCAGGCACCUCCUCUGUGGGUGGGGCGUCGUCAGCAGCAUCCACUCCAUCACCGCGUCCACCUUCUUCACUUCCUUCUCCCCGUCCGUUAUCCAACCCACUGCUGUCGCUGGUGGCGGGGAAGUUGGCCUGCCUGUACUGCUCCAGGGAUGGCUUCCCUUCUCUCGAGGCACUGCAGCUGCACCUACAGUCCUCCCAUGGUUCUGUUAUGAAUGGAGAAGUACGGGACAUGACAACAAUGCUGGGCCUCCACCCUUCUCUCGGUGCUUCUCUCAGCGCCAGCGGCAUGGCGACAUCCUUGGCUUCCCCUCUAGGACCUGGGUCUUCCCGAGGAGUGAGCUGUGAGCUGUGUGGAGCACGUGUGGGAGGUGUAACAGCUCUACAGCGCCAUGUAGUGACGGCUCACACCUUCACUGAUCUCCUGGCGCGUGCUGCGGAGGGAGUGUUCUGCGCACAGUGUUUGUUACCCUUCAGUAACCCAGGUGCCUUGGCUGAACACAUCAAGCUUGUUCAUGCUUCACCUGUGCUGUCAGCAGUGCUCAACAAACGACCACCUUCACCACCCACUGACACCCCAACUGAUUUAAGUAAAAAAUCAAGGCAUGAUGGAUUGACUUCAGACCUUCCCGCCUCAACACUGCUGUGUAGUCAGUGCAACGCACCGUUCACAAAUUUCGAAGCUUUCCGUAGACAUCUUAAGUCUCACCUGGAUGGAGGAGAGCAGGUGAGUGCCACUGGAGGAAGUGGAGUCCAGCUGGCAUGCCCUGAGUGCCGUCUACCUUUGACAUCGGAGGCCGCCCUUGAGGGACACGUGGCCACCCAUCUUGGCGUCACGUCCACAGAGUACGGCUGCCAGGCUUGUCUGAAGCUAUUCUCAAAACCUGAUGAACUGCAAAAACACUUGAUGGAUAUUCACGCCCAUCAUUUAUACCGGUGUGCUCUCUGCAAGGAAAUGUUUGACUCCAAAGUAUCGAUCCAAGUCCAUUUUGCCGUCAAACACAGCAAUGAAUGCAAAGUUCACAAAUGCACCCGGUGUUCGCUCAUAUUCCGGUCCCAGUCAGAGUUUGAGGGCCAUAUACGUGUAACCCACAUUAGACGUGGCCAGAUGGGUGGUGAUUCAGUUGGGGGCGGGAGUGUCGGGGGAGGGGGAGGGUCCUACCGGUGUUUGUUGUGUCCCCUCAGCCUGAGCUCUGAGGCCGAGCUGGCAGCACACGUCUCAACGCACCAGCGUCAGUUCCAGUGUUCUCUUUGUGAUGAUGCUUUUCACGUGGAAUUUCUCUUGGACAAGCAUAUGCAGACCCAGCACAACUCAGAACUCAAUGGCAAUGUGCCACAGCCAGAAAAUUUGGCAAAACCUAGGAGAAGUCCCCAGAAAAAGGACCUGAGGUGCGAUAUUUGUGAUGCAGAGUUUUCCACAGAUUCUGCACUCAUGACUCACAGGAAACAAGCUCACAACAUUAAGAGUGGGUCUGUUGGUGUCACUGCCAAGGUAGCGGCAGCUUCUCUGAGUCUGUUUUGUGCAUAUUGCAGCGAAGCUUGCAAGUCUCGAGGAGACCUGGAGGCCCACAUGAAGUCUCACCAGGGUAAUGGCGGUCGUCAUAAAUGCAAUAUCUGUGAUGAAUUAUGUCCAUCUGCUGCUCUUCUAGCUCAACACAAACUCACACAUGUAAAAGUGGUGUCAGGUAGUGCAUGCGCAGUGUGCCGCGAGCCCCUGACGUCUGAACAGCAGUUCUCUAGCCACCAGAACGAGCACCAUCCCUCCCCACUGCCCCAGCCGUGUGUUGUGUGCAGACAAACGCUCGUCACUGACAUGGAGGUCAGUGUUCAUGCUCGAUUUCAUGCUACACAAGCUGCUCAAGCUGCAGCAGCGGCAUCAGUCGCAUCAGUGUUGAGCAGUGGUGAAUUGCAUCCUCAGUCAACAAACUCGCUGGUCAUCACAACAGCCAGCAACGCGCCCACCACGACAACUAGCAGCACCAAUGGCAGCAGCAACAGCAGCAGCAGUAGCAACAGCACUAGCCCUCGUCUUUCUCCUUCCCAAAGGUGUCAAGAAUGUCACAUCAAAUUUGAGACAGCAGAGGAAGCAGAGGCCCACGCUGCCGUACAUCAUCAGCAGCAGCAGCAGCAGGGAUUUGGUCGCUCAAUGGCAUCGUCCUCACGCACCUAUCAAUGCAUCAAAUGCCAAGAAAGCUUUGCAUCUGAAGCUGAGAUAGAAGCACACGUCGCUUCCCACCUGCUGCACGAAGGUUCAGUGCACGAGUGUCAUCUCUGCCGCGCCACCUUUGACACUCCGCUUCGACUCCAGUGUCACCUCAUCGAGCACACCUUCGAGGGAUGCGGAAGCUUCACCUGCUACAUGUGUUCCUCGGUGUUCACCACAGCGUCCAGACUCCAGCAGCACAUGGUGGAGCACGGUUUGAGUGCACGCCCCUAUGACUGUCAUCACUGCCACCAACGAUUCUUUUUCCGCGCUGAACUGGAGAACCACGCACUCUCCCAUCCUGAGGCUGCCAAGGGUGGGUGUCGCGAGUGUCUGGCAAGUUUUCCUGACUUGCCACGCCGCAGUGCGAGGCGACCAUCGCUUUCCUGCGGCACUUCCAAUCCAAGCGUGCUCUCUCACGUCGCUCAAAAUCCAGGAAAGUCUGAUCUGAGACCGACCCGUCCCUCCUCUCCUGUUCGGGACGAGACAGACAUUGGACCCACUAAUGGCCAUGCCUCAUCAAUGGCAGACAGUGUGGAAGAUUAGUUAUUCGUUAUCUAGUUGAAGAUAGGUAAUUGGUUAUUUACAGCAUUUACGUAACGCUACAUAUAUUUAGUCACCAAAAGAGGCUAAAGGGCGACCAACAAGUGAUGUUUUAAGUUGCUUGAUUAAAACAGGUAAUGACUGAAAACGACUGAGUGUACCUGGUGGCUGCAAUUGAAGUUCUUGAUUGAUUAUAAUUGCUUACACGUAGUAAUAAAACGUGCAGGCGCCUUAUCUCACAGUUCUGGUGAACGACCUGUCUAGGACAAGGAAGUACAAAAUUAGCUUUUCUAUCACUUCAGCUCGGCUACGAGGUGUAUAGUUCUGGAAACUUUUCUUUCCCGAUCAGAUACUUUGUUUCAAAGUAGACCAGUGAUUUCGUGUAAGCUAUCGCAAGGCAUCGUUGGUUUGCGUAGCUUGUUUUCUUACCAAUAAAGGCUUACUAUGGUCACGUCACGUUGCUAUCUUCGUUGGGUGUCACGCAUUGAUUUGUUCUACAGGGUACCUACUAUUUUAGUGUACAUAGACACUUUUAUUUAUAUUUGCCACUUCAAUCUCGUAGUAUAGCUAAGCUCGUUUUCACUGAAGGUGGCUGUUAGAUGUUCCGAGACUUUAGGAGUUUCUCCGGUAAACUAGCCCAGUUAUGUUGAGUAGACACAGUAUUAUCUUGUUGUCGCUAUUAAUAGUUUGGUGCUGGGAAUUAUUUCUUUCACCUCAGUGUUGUAUAAAGAAAGUUUGGACCAAAACUAAGCUUAGGUAUCGAUUUUGACAUAGGUGUUUUCAUAUUUUUUUUUUUUCUUGAGCAUAAUCGUAAAAGGGAAAUUUUAAUUUCUUUGUUAAACAAAAGAUUCGAAUGAAAUCCUGUUGUAAAUUAAGUGGAAUAAAAUUUCACUAUAAA